AGAGUUUGUACUCACCGCUUCAGCGCGCGCCUCCGUCCUCCAGUGAACGCGCCCGCGCGCAGAGACGCUCGUGAACGCGCUCCGGUGCUGAUGUGAUCCUCUCUUCUUCUCUGCCGGAGUCACAAAUAAACCACGAUGCGUGUGAUCGGCGUGACGCUGCUGUCUCUGCUGUCUCUGGGGUCUCUGGCCGUCAGCAGUGUGGGCCCCAGUAACUCGUCCAGCAGCUUCUGCAGCGAGUCUAGAGAAUGUCUUCAGUUCGAUCUGCUCUGCCGGACAGACGAGUAUGAGGUUCGUCGUUACUCAGCCACGCGGUGGGUCUCUACAGACGCAGAGGCGUAUUUCCUCGGGGUCGGAGCCGCCAUGGCCUUCAGACGCCUCUAUCAUUAUAUCUCUGGAGACAAUGAAGAGGGUGUGAGGUUUGAGAUGACGGCUCCGGUGCUUGUUGAAGUCCCAGAGGAAGUGAAGAUGUGGGAACCGGCGAUCUACACGCUCAGCUUCCUGCUGCCAUCAGCCUAUCAGGAGCAUCCGCCCACUCCCACCAACGACAAGCUGUAUUUCUCUGACAUGCCUGACAUGGAUGUGUACGUGAGGAGUUACGGCGGCUGGAUGCUGUCAAUCACCUCCCGACUCCACGCCCACCUGCUGAGCAGAGCACUGCUGAGAGCCCACGCCCACUUUAACCACACCCACCACUACACUGUGGGCUACGACAGUCCUCUGAAGCUGCUAAACAGGCAUAAUGAGGUGUGGUACGUGGUGGAGGGAGAUCCGGUCUGCGGAGAGGAACACACUCCGGACACACACUGAACAGGUCUCACAGGACGCCGGUGAUCUUUCUGUGCUUUGGUGAAAUCUCCAUCCCACAAACAACAGCCUGAAUUUCAUGUUCAACAAUAAUCAAACACAUCUACUGCUCUCGGUGUAUCUAGUCUCCUAGUGAAUGUCAUUAAACCUCCAGAACGACUGUAUCUCAGCGCAAUAAUCCGCUUCAUUCAUCUCAGAUCAAUAAAUCAGAUUUCUUUGCUUUAUGUUCAGAGCUGUUGUUCAUCGAUGGCUAAUAAACUUUGAGUGCUGACA